GGUGAAUGCAACUUAAGGACCUGAAGUUGCAAAAGAAAAUUCAAGAAAUUAAAAAGCUAAGAUAGUGAAAAUGGUUUCUUGGAUUCGAGUACUACUUCUUAUUUGUUGCAUAUUUCCAGCGUUGGUCGAGUGCAAAGUUAGGCACUACAAAUUUCAUGUGGUGGCCAAAAAUACAAGUAGAUUAUGUUCAAGCAAAGCAAUUGUCACAGUUAAUGGGAAGUUUCCGGGACCCACUCUUUAUGCCAGGGAAGAUGAUACAGUGAUAGUCAAAGUUCGUAAUCAAGUCAACAACAAUAUUACCAUCCAUUGGCAUGGUAUUAGGCAAUUGAGAACAGGUUGGGCUGAUGGACCUGCAUAUAUCACACAAUGUCCAAUUCAACCUGGACAUAGUUAUACAUACAAUUUCACCAUUACUGGUCAAAGAGGAACACUUCUUUGGCAUGCACAUGUUAAUUGGCUAAGAUCAACUGUCCAUGGUGCCAUUGUUAUUUUACCAAAGAAAGGUGUUCCUUAUCCUUUCCCAAAGCCAGAUGAUGAAUUGGUUUUGGUAUUAGGAGAGUGGUGGAAAUCUGAUACUGAAGCUGUUAUCAAUGAAGCUCUAAAAUCAGGAUUGGCACCAAAUGUUUCAGAUGCUCAUACCAUAAAUGGUCUUCCUGGGACAGUGGCCAAUUGUUCUACACAAGAUGUUUACAAACUACCUGUGGAGAGUGGCAAAACCUAUCUACUAAGAAUCAUCAAUGCUGCACUCAAUGAAGAACUUUUCUUCAAAAUAGCUGGCCACAAACUCACAGUAGUAGAAGUUGAUGCAACAUACACAAAACCAUUCCAAAUUGAAACAAUUGUGAUAGCACCUGGUCAAACAACAAAUGUACUAUUAAAAGCAAACCAAAAAUCUGGCAAAUAUUUAGUAGCAGCUUCACCUUUCAUGGAUGCACCUGUUGCUGUAGACAAUUUAACAGCCACAGCUACAUUACAUUAUUCAGGAACUACUCUUACAAACACCCCUACAUUUCUAACUACACCUCCACCUACAAAUGCUACACAAAUUGCUAAUAACUUUUUAAACUCACUUAAAGGACUUAAUUCCAAGAAAUACCCAGUUAAUGUUCCUUUAAAAAUUGAUCAUUCACUUUUUUUUACUGUUGGAUUAGGGGUUAAUCCUUGUCCUUCAUGUAAAGCUGGAAAUGGUAGUAGAGUUGUAGCUGCUAUUAAUAAUGUUACAUUUGUUAUGCCAACUACAGCUUUACUACAAGCACAUUAUUUCAACAUUAAGAAUGUUUUUACUGCAGAUUUUCCACCAAAUCCACCUCAUAUUUAUAAUUUCACUGGUGCUGGACCUAAAAACUUGAACACUACAAGUGGUACAAAGUUAUAUAAGUUAUCAUUUAAUGAUACUGUUCAGCUUGUUAUGCAAGAUACUGGAAUCAUUGCACCUGAGAGUCAUCCUGUUCAUCUUCAUGGUUUCAAUUUCUUUGUUGUUGGUAGAGGAGUUGGAAAUUAUGAUAGUAAAAAUGAUUCAAAGAAGUUUAACCUUGUUGAUCCUGUUGAAAGGAACACUGUUGGUGUACCAGCUGGUGGUUGGGUUGCCAUUAGAUUCAGAGCUGAUAAUCCAGGAGUUUGGUUCAUGCAUUGCCAUUUGGAGGUGCAUACAACAUGGGGUCUAAAGAUGGCCUUUUUGGUGGACAAUGGCAAAGGUCCUAAACAAUCAGUGAUAGCUCCACCUAAAGAUCUUCCAAAAUGUUGAUAUUCCUCACAUCAAAUCAAAUGUUCAUACAAUUCACAAAGGGUAGUAGGCCUUCCAAAUUCACAAAAGUAGGUGUGGAGGGAUACAGAGGAGCCAGGCAAAAAUAAAAGAGAGUGAAGGGGAAAAAAGGUUAUUUAAUAAGUGAAUACUACCAUAAAUUGUUUUUUGAUUGAGCAAAAGGGAGAAUUUGUUCCAGCAUAUUUAAUAAAUGGAGUAUGUACAUUUUGAUUUUCAUCACACAAUUUUAAGAGAUUGUGCAUAUGUAUUAUUGGAACCAACAAGUGUACACUUUUGACUUUGGUGUUUGGUUUAAUACAAAAGGGUUAUCUACUUCA